GUCUCCCGAGUGGCGAUUCAUCCCCGAAUCUGAGAAAGAGGAGCUGGGUCUAAACUUCGACGAUGACGGCGAGUUCUGGAUGUCGUUCAAAGACUUUGCCCAACACUUCGACAGAGUGGAGAUCUGUAACUUGAACCCGGAUUCCUUGGACCCCGAAGAAUGUCCUGAAGGCUGCACUAAGAAGUGGGAGAUGUCUGUGUUUGAAGGGGAGUGGGUCAGAGGAGUGACAGCGGGCGGUUGCAGAAAUUAUCUGGAAAGCUUCUGGCGGAAUCCACAGUACACCAUCACUCUACGAGACGUGGAUGAGGGAGACGACGAGAACAAGUGUACGAUUAUCGUGGCUCUAAUGCAGAAGAACCGUCGUUCGCAAAGGCACCAAGGCCUGGAGUGCCUCACCAUUGGUUUCGCCGUAUACCGUCUGCCCGACUAUGGACAUGUGCCCAAACCAUUAGACGUUAAUUUCUUCAAGUAUAACGCUUCUAUUGGGCGUUCGCAAGCUUUUAUCAACUUGAGAGAGGUGUCUCAAUAUCGUCUAGAGCUGGCCAUGCGUCACGGGGGCGCAUACGACGGCGGGGGCCCCGGGGGCUACGUGGGGGGGCCCCAGUCCCCCCCUACGGAACAGAGCUGCCUAGAACAACUGCUGUGCGCUCUCUGCGCACCCAUCUGCAAGGAAAUCGGCGUGGACCUACAGCAAGUCACGCAGCAGCAGGGCGAGCAAGUGCACCUCACUCAACCGCAGCCCCAAGAACUCAAAGGGCAAGGGUUCUCCAAGGAUGUGUGCCGUAGCAUGAUCGCGAUGUUAGACAAGGACGGCUCCGGCGGCCUGGGCUUCGAGGAGUUCAAGGCUCUGUGGAUAGAUCUGCGCAAUUGGCGGGCUGUAUUCAGGCUCUACGACACAGAAGGCCGCGGCGCGAUCCCGGCUCACCAUCUACGUGACGCGCUCCACUCAGCUGGAUAUACUGUCAACGCGCACAUACUCAACGUUCUAGCUCACAG